AUGGAUUCCAGUACGGAUAUUUACUUGCAACAGCCAUACCUGCUACACGCGGGGAGGCUCUCUCCUGAAGAGGAGCACGCGUCUAUUGAGGCGUUGCUGCAAUCUAUUGAGGAACCAGUGCAGCUUGGCUCUGUUGUUGCUUAUGAGUUCCUUGAUCACUCAUCCCAUUGGAGUUGGUCUAUUGGACGCAUACUUCAAAUGGACGAUCAUCAAGUAUUGCUUCAGCGCUGGCAUGCACAGGACGGACGCAAUGCCGACGUGUAUGAUGCCUUGCUUCGUGAACAGGAGAGCACUAAAGCAGAAAUACAGGAGUGCCAAAGAGCAGUGAUGCUGCUUCGAGAGGAAUUAGGCGCUAUUCGAAGGAGCAAUGAGGCUGAAGUGGCUCGCGCAAAGGAUGCUGUAGAGAACGCACGCCGCGGUAUAGCUGAGGUAGAGGAGGUGCGUUUACAUGAUUUAUUCAAUACUCGUCUCCCGCUGGCAGUACUUCGUCUGGCGCUUGAGGUGUGCAUGGCUACUUUAAAUGAGGGAGUAACGGAGCAGACAUCGUGGAACUGGGAGGAUCUACGCGCUGCUGUACGUGACCCCAUGUUUAUUCAGCGUCUGUUGGAAUAUGAUGUGGCAGUGGAGAUGAGCGUUGAGCAGUAUGAAGAUAUAAAUGCGAGAUACAUGCAUAAUAUUCGCACGCAACGAGAUCAAAUGCGUCAUUCUCAACAGGAUUACAAAACACAAUCUGGAACCAACGCAUUAAUACCACUUUUUUACGAUUGGAUCAUCGUCCAAAUGGACCAUUUUCAGGUUUUUCAGGAAGUAGCCAACUCGCAACAAACCACAGAAGAGCUGAGCGCAUCCAUAACCUCACACACAGUCCGCAUGAAGGAUCUUAUUGCAAGGAAAGCAAGACUAGAUGAGCAGCUGCGCAGGUACGAUGAAGGAAGUAGUGCAUUUAACGGCAAUAGCACCAGUAGCAACGAGACAAAAUACGUAACUUUUACUCCAAUACAUGACCUUUCCCCGGUAAAUGUCCCACGCCCCUUUAUUGCCACGAAAGUUGAAGACAGCAACACUGAGGUUGUUGUUAUUUCUGAAGAAGAAGCAAAAAGAAUCACCUCAAGGACUGUCAUGCACCGCCCCAAACUUUACGCGGCGCUCGGCAAAGCACUUUAUGAACUAAAGGUUCAAAAAAAUAGAAAUGAAGAUGGAAUAAAAGAAUUAGAGAACAAAAACAAAGAUAAUGACACACUUCUCAACAAAAACGCCGCAUUGCUCCAGCAAAUAGAAGAAGCCCAAAACACCAUCGAUAACAUUAACCAACUUCUCCAGGAGAAACAGGACAUCAAUGAGAAACUCAAACAAGAACACAAUGAAAAAUAUAAUGACCUCAACAAACAAAAUAUCAAGGCUAUAAAAGAUUUAACGGAAUCGCAGGAAGAGGUAAAAAAACUACAAAAAGCGCAGGAUGAAAACGACUCCACAUUAAAUCGCUAUAAAGACCAAAUAAAAAAAAUAGCUGACCAACUCAAGCAACUUCGUGGCGAAAAUGAGGAGCUUCGUGCACACGAUGAUCGCUGGGUACCUGAGGCAAGUCGUAGUUCUGGUAGGCGCACUACGUCUCAUCACCGGAAGGAGUUUGACGGUGAGGGUUGGGAUCAGGUGCUGGAAUCGCAGCCUGAGGAGCUGACUCGUGCGUUCGUGAGUGAUGUAGCGGGUGCCUGUCGCGUUGACCCUGACGACGUAAAGAAGGUUGUCUUUUCUCCUGACGGGAAGACGGUUGAGUUCGACGUGAAGCAUGACGCUUCAGUGCCUCCAAAGGACAUUGCGGAGCGGAUCGACGAGUGUCCGUUCCGUUCGGUAAUGCGCUUGUAUGACCGACGUGGCCAGCCAAAGAUAGGCAUGGACUUGCUAAAGGAGCAGCUGCAAGCCAGGGACCAAGAACUCGAGCAACUUCGCGGUUCUAAUGAGGAGAAGAGUCGUGCACAUUAUGUAUUGAAUGAUGAGGUGGAGAAACUGAAUCAGCAGCUGGCUGAGAAGGAACAUGAGUUGGACCGGCUGCAAGCUGCGAAUGAUGAAAGGGAGCGUACUCUGGAUGCAUUGAACGAUGAGGUGGAGAAACUGAAUGAGCAGCUGACAGCGAAGGAACAGGAGUUGGAGCAAUUACAAAACGCGAAUGAAGAAAAGGAGCGUACCCUGGAUGCAUUCAAUGAUGAGGUUGAAAAGCUAAAUGAGCAACUGGCUGCGAAGGAGCAUGAGCUGGAGCAAUUACAAAACGCGAAUGAUGAGAAGGAGCGUACUCUGGAUGCAUUG